AUGUGUGUGGUUUCUUAAGAUAUUUAGAUAAUAGACUUAAUAAAAGAUUAAAUUAUAGGAGUGACUGCAAGUUUUAUUGAAAAACAAAAUUAUAGCACCAAUCAAAUUAAUAGUAUCAACUAUGAUGAAAACUCUAAUUUAGUAUUAAGCUGCUCCAAGGAUGGUAAAAUUAUUGUAUGGAAUAUGUUAGAUCCAUUAAACCCUAUAUUUUAUUCCCAAAUAAUUUUUCCAAAUUAGUAAUGCUUAAAAGUUUUAAUGCUUUAAAGCUAGAUAGGAGUAGGCUUGUUAACUAAAUCUAUUAUUUUAUUUAAUAUGAGAGUAUAUUUGAUGGAUUCAAAUUACAAUAUGAUAUUCUAAGAUUUUGAUCCAAAUCUUCAAUAAUUUAAAAUAUCUUAAAUAGUACAGUUAGGCAUAAAGUCAUUAGUUUAUAGCUUUUUGUUCAAUUUAUCUACAAGCGCAGGUUCUUUGUUAAUGUUUAGUAAUUUACAAAACCAACUUUUUAUAUUUGAUUAAGAUUUGAAAAUAUUAUACCAACCUUAUUAAUUUAUUGGAAAUCAAAUUAUGCACAUAUAUAAGUACGAUGACAAAACAUAUUAUGUCUUAAUGUAUGCUCCUCUAUACAAUUAAGGUUAUCCUUACUAUACUUCUAGCAUAACUCUGAAUACAACUAUUUAGUUCACCCAUUAUUACGAUUUAAUAAUAGGAUCUCAGAUGUUAAAUGUUGCUGUUUAUUAGCAACAAUAUCCAUUUGUUAAAAUAAUUAGUACCCAACCAUAAAGUCCCACUUCUACUAUUGGAGAAGGUAGAUUUUAUACACAAACUUAAGCAUUACAGAGAGCAAAGAAAAUAUCAACUCCAAAUGAUAAAAUUUCUAAUGUUGUAACAAAUAAAUAGAAAACAGUUUAUAUAAUGGGUUCAACAACGGGAUCAUUAAUAGUAAUUCCAGAAAAUAAAAAUAGCUAUAUUUAAUAAAUAUAUUAAAUGCCUAAUUUAGUUUAAGGUGAUUCUUUACAGUCUAUUUCAUAAAAUUUUAAUAUUGGAUUGAUUUACUAUGUUUCUAGCUAUUAUAUUUUCACUUAUAAUUUACAUACCUAGUAGUAUUAUUACAGAUUAGACUUUGUGAAUUCUCAAUAAAACAUAACUUCUAAUAAUAAAAUUUAACAAAUUAUAGUUUAUUAAUCCCCAAAUUUAGUUUUGGCUUUUUCAAAUCAAUUGCUUAUUUUAAAAAACGAAGAUACUUAAAAAGCUUAUUAAAUAUCAACUAGCAACUAAAACUCUUAAUUAACAUAUAUCAAUGGUUGUGCUUAUGAUUAUUAAUUAAAUACUAUUUUAGUAUAUGGAAACGCACUUCUAUAAUAUACCUUAGAUUUAAUUGAGUAUAAAAUUUUAUCACAACCUAAUUAACAAAAAUUUUAAGCUUGCUUAUUCUAAAGUAUUGUUACUAUAUGUUAGAUGAAUUCUAACUAGAUAAAGUCUAUAGUUUUGAUGAUAAUUAUGACUACAUAGCAUGUUAUAGCAUUCACAUCACUAGGAGCAUUUAUUUUCUCGAGAUAAAAUCUUAUCUUAGUUACUAGCUUUUAACCGCCAGGAGCCACUUUGGUUAAAGGUUAUUAUUUUUCUGAAAUAAAUACUUUAGCUUAUAUCACUAAUGAGAUAAGAUACGGAUAAGUAAAAUUCUAUAGCCUAGAUACCUUGUAAUCCACAGGAAGUGUAGUAAGCACUUUUCCAGAAUUAGGUAUUGGUACUCUUAUAAAUAUAUUCUAUGACUCAGCAAACAGUGCAUUUAUAUUUGCAGACACAUAUGGAAAUUUCUAUUACACUCUUUAUGGGUCCUAGCUGUAUGUGUUCAAUGUAAUAGGAAUUUAUGAAUUUGAGCAGCAAUUAAUAAGUACUCCUAUCGGCUUUUUCGUUGAUUUUAGGACAAAUUAGAUUACAGGAUCUGUUUUGAGAAUAGAUUUACUUCAGAAAUAGUUUAUGAUUAACUAAAAUCUAGGUCUGAAUGAUAUUAUUUCUAAAAUAGCAAAAUACACUUAAGAAUAAAUUAUUUUGAUAACAAAAACUGGAAAAUUGAUUAAUCUAGAUAUAACAACUUUUUAGAAAUAAGAUUUAUAAAUAAAUAAUGACAUUUUGCAAAACAUUAAUGCUCAAAAUGAUUUAAAAGUUAAUCAAAUCUAGUAUUUUGAAGUUGAUUAACCAAAUGAUAGAUACUUUAUAAGUAUUAUUUCUGAAAAUAAGCUAGGAGCUUAUAAAUUAAGUGAUAAUAGUCUGAUUAAAUAUUUAGCUUUCCCAGACGUUUAAUUUAAAUAUGUUGCAAAAACAAAGAAAUUUAUUAUUAUUUUUUUUAAAAAUGUAGCUUCGGCUAGUGGUGGAUCUCUUUAUUUAUUAGAUACUAGCAACAUUACAAUUGAUCAAAAUACAAAAUUUAAAAAUAAUGUAGCUUAAAUUGGUGGAGCUAUGAGAAUUUUGUAUAGUUAGUAAAUGUAUUAGAGAUACCUAUACAGUUUUAAAACAAUUUAGGCAUAAUUUGAUAGUAAUUUAGGAUAAAUUUAUGGACAUGAUAUUGGGACUUAUCCUUAUUAGUAUUUAAUUUAUUAAGGAAAUGAUUUUAAUAAGAAAUCACUGAUUUAUACAGGGUAAUUAUUUAACAUAGAUUAGGAUAAUCUAAUUCUCUAAAACAUAUAGAGCGGAGGAAGUAUUAAACUCUUUCUAUAGCUGUAAGAUUAGUACAACUAAAGUGUUAUAAUUAAUAAAUAAUCAUUUAUGAGCAACUUUUAUCCUUCAACUUUAAUCCAAGAAUUAUAGAAAUAUAGUUUUGAAAUAUUAUCAAAUUCUACUAAAGAUACCAUAGAAAUAAAAGGAGAUAGUAUAUCGAAUUUACAUAGUUAUGAUCAAAUUUCAAAUAGCUUUUUAUUUGAUAAUCUCUAAAUUUCUGGUUUCCCUUUGUAUCAGAUAACUUCUACUUUUCUUUAAAUUAAGGUAAAUGAUUGGUCAUAAAAUAUUACUUUAAAUAUAACAUCAAAUUUUAGAAAUUGCAAAAAAGGUGAAUAUUAUUAUUAAGUCUCAAAAAAUAUAGUAAAUUGUGUAUAGUGUAGUAAUUAAACAUACUCUCUUUUAGAUCCAAUAGAUGCAACAAAUAUUACUAUUUAUGAUAAAUUAUAGCAAAAUAUAAGCAAUUAUAUGUGUAAAAAGUGCCCUGAAGGUUCAGAAAGCUGUUAUUCAGACAUAAUAAUCCUUUAGUAAGGAUAUUGGAGGGAAAACAAUCAAACUGAUGCAAUAUUUUAAUGCAAUUUGAUAAACCCAGAUAUAUGUGAUCCUACCAAAUAAAAUGGAUGUAUGGAAGGCCAUAUUGGACCUCUUUGUGAAACAUGUGACUAUUUUGGAGUUGUAUUCAAAGGAAAUACAUAUUCUUAGAGUAUGUCAACAAUAGAAUGUAAACUAAUUACUUAGGAUUAGAUUUAAUAAAGUUUUAAAAUGCUUACUUAGACAUAUUCUUAACAAUCUCCAAAGUAAUCUCCAUAAAUAGAAGCACCUAUUAGCAAAAACUCUAGAUUUAUUUUAACUUUCAGAGAUUAAGACGUAUUAGAUGAAAAAAUAUCUAUGAAUAAAAAAGAAAAUUAGGAUUCAUAGAUAUAAAAUAAAUUCUUUAAAAAAGUAUCUAACCCUAAUUUUGAUUUAAAAAAAUACAGAAAAAACAUAUUUUCAAAUUAAAAUAUAGAAGAAUAAGAAAUACCUAAUAUAAUUUAUUCAAGUGGCAUAACAAGAUGUAAUUCAAAAAAUGUAUUUUAGUGA